AUGCAGGAAGAAAAUGUACCACGUUGUAAGCACUGUUUUUCAAAAAUAUUUGACGAAUACAGGCAUCACAAAUGCUUGAAGGAAAGAAUACAACCCGGUGCACCACACUUCUAUGUAGUCGAUGACCAAAAUCUUGUCUCCGUUAAACAUGGGGCGGCCAGUUGGGAAGGCACAACCUCAUUUUGCGAAAGCUCAACCUCAAGUCCCAGUGAACCUUCUUACAAAGCAUUUCACCUAGACGAGUUGCACCAUGAACUUUACUCCAUAGAGAAAGACACCAAACCCAAACCAGAUGCAGUAGACGGAUUUUUAUUGAUGGUUGAAGAAGCUAUCAGGAGAUUACCGUAUAGAAGACGAUGCGAAGCUGAAAUAAAAAUUUUACAGAUACUCAAAUAUGAGGAAACUAGUGUAAAUUUAUAUAAAUAA